AGAAGGUUAUUUUGGUAAAAACGAAACACGCCCCUGCUCCUGCUGCUUAUGACACUGACGAUAGCGUCAAGAAAAGAUAUUUUGGCUUAGCCUCUGUAUCUCCGCUUGCGCUUCAGCUUCAGCUUCGCUGUAGUUACAAUUUUCUCUUGCUUUAACGAGAAUUGCAGAAGGCCGUGAUGCCGGGGCAUGAUAACUCAAAUGGGUCUUCAGAAAAAUCCAGCAGUGGUAUGGAUGAUUUGCCAACUUUCAAUGUUGAGAAUAUGCAAAACAACAUGAAAGUUAUUUUAUACAGCCGCACAUUCAUGGCAAUCAUUGGUGGUGUCAUUGCCGGCAUUCUGGGACUUACUAGCUUGACAGGCUUUAUCUUUUAUUUCCUUGUCAUGGCAAUAACUUCGGUAGCACUCACAGCAAAGGCCAAGUUUUCAAUCCACUCCUACUUUGACAGCUGGAACAGAGUCAUGCUUGAUGGAUUUUUUGGCGGGCUUAUGUCAUUCGUGCUCUUCUGGACAUUCGCAUAUGACAUUGUGCAUAUAUUUUGAGGAUCCCUUCCCGUGCGAGAUGAAGACCUUUGCUAUCCCAAGAAGAUGCUAAAGACAUUUUCAAGUUCAAAGUGGUGGGUAUUCAAAGUCUGCACUCAUGAUAUUUUCGUUCUAUUAAGCUUGCAAGAAAGUUUGUUGGGAGUUGUUGAACAUUUGAUCUUGAGAAAAGUUUUUGGUUAGGUAAUUUAUAUUCAGAGUUUAAAAGCUUGAGUAAUUGCAUAAGCAGUUGAACAUUCCAUAUCACUGUUGAAUGAUAUACAGAGCCUGUAAUCUUAGUGAAAUCUAAUUGUUCAGGUUCAACAAUUGAGCCUUAUACUGUUCUUAAUAAGCACUACUAUGGUUGUACUUUUGACUACAGAUUGGCUUCUCGAAUGGUAGAAAAUACAGGUUUUGAUUGGA